AUGCUAAUACAUCAAAUGGCACCAUGGGUGCCAACGUUUAUUCAAGCUUGUAAAAAUAAUUCACAGCCUUUUGUGCCUUUCCAAUUAGCUACUGUGGAUAAAAUAAAUGGUAAUAAACCUCGUUGUAGAACUGUAGUCUUCAGAGAUUUUUUAUUCAAGGAUAAAAAUUCGAAUAUAUUGACUUUUAAUACUGAUAUAAGGAGCGAUAAGAUCAAGGAGUCGAUUUUAUGUGAUGAAUUGAGUGGAUCCACAGAUUUUGAGGCCUGCUUUUAUUUCCAUCAAACUUGGGAACAGUUUAGAUUCAGUGGUGAUUGUUUUAUAUUAUCCCAAAAUGAAUUGAAUCGAUUACCACAAGAAAUAAUCAAAAAAUAUGGAAUCUUAUCACCAAAAAUGUGUGGUCAUAAUCUUGAUGAAUUGUACAAAUACGAUACUAAUGAUGAACCUAAUGAAAAUGGAGAUGAAAAUGAAAAUGAAAGUGAAAAUUAUUUUGAAGAUAAUGAUGUUAUGAUUGAUAGCACUGAAGUGCUAUCUGAUAAUUCCAUAAAUACCAAUGGUGAAAUAAUGGUCCUUGAGGAAAACCCAUAUGCCACUAACAAAGAUUGGAAUUUAGAAAUUAAAAGACAAUGGAGCUUACUUUCAAGGUCGACUAGAUCUCAAUACAGGAAACCACAGCCUGGUGAGCCUAUCACAACAGAAACAAGCAAGAAAUUAGAUAAAAUCCAAAGAGGUGUAGAUGGCACUAAAGAAAAUGCAGGGUUGGAAAAUUUUGCAGUGGUAUGCCUUUGUAUUGAAGAAGUAGACUAUCUGAACUUGAAAGGUCCAAGUGGUGCAGAGAGAUGGAAAUAUAAAAGGCAAAUUGAAAAAGAAUACGAUGGCCAAUACUGCUUCGUUUGGGAAGAAAAAGAAGUAUGUCCAUAG